UGGGACGAUCGCGUGCAUGAAAUCUGGCAGGGAGGAGUCAAGGAGAUUGUUAGCCCGAGGGCUGGGACGGUGGAUCUGGGAAUCAGGGGCCUGGGGAACGCGUUCUCUUCCUGCCGCGGGCUGCCUAGUGCUCCGGAGUCCCCGCGGGGCCUGGCGGCGGGGCCGGGGGCUGCACGCGACCAUCCGGCAGGCGGCGGCAGCGACAGCGGCGGCCGCGAGGGACGCUCCCGGGGCCCGAGCUCAGAGGGAGCGGUCGCGGCUUGGCAGCUGCUCCCCGCUCCCCCGCGGCCUAGCCAGGGGAGGGGGCGCAGCGCCGGGGCCGUGGAUCCGCGCCAGGCCGCUGCUUCCCGCCGGCGGGCCCGGGGCGGGGCGGCCCCGUCCCCGUCCCCGUCCCCAUCCCCAUCCCCACGUCCCAUCCCCCACGCAGCCUUCGCCCUCCCUGCUCCUUCCCGCGCCGUCUUCCCUUCCCGCGUUCCCCGGGAGAAACAUGGCCGGGAGCAGCGAGGAGGCGCCAGACUACGGGCGAGGCGUCGUGAUUAUGGACGAUUGGCCAGGGUAUGACUUGAACUUAUUCACGUACCCACAGCACUAUUACGGAGACUUGGAAUAUGUCCUCAUCCCUCACGGCAUCAUUGUGGACAGAAUUGAGCGGCUGGCCAAGGAUAUUAUGAAAGACAUAGGAUAUAGUGACAUCAUGGUCCUGUGUGUGCUUAAAGGAGGUUACAAAUUCUGUGCUGAUCUCGUAGAACACCUUAAGAACAUCAGCCGAAAUUCAGAUCGAUUUGUCUCAAUGAAGGUUGAUUUCAUCAGACUAAAAAGUUACAGGAAUGACCAGUCCAUGGGUGAGAUGCAGAUAAUCGGAGGCGAUGAUCUUUCAACGCUGGCUGGAAAGAAUGUUCUCAUUGUUGAGGAUGUCGUCGGAACUGGGAGGACCAUGAAAGCACUACUCAGCAAUAUAGAGAAAUACAAGCCCAACAUGAUUAAGGUAGCCAGUUUGUUGGUGAAGAGAACACCCAGAAGUGACGGCUUUAGACCUGACUAUGCUGGAUUUGAGAUUCCAAACUUAUUUGUGGUGGGAUAUGCCUUAGAUUACAAUGAAUACUUCAGAGAUCUGAAUCACAUAUGCGUCAUCAAUGAGCACGGUAAAGAAAAAUAUCGAAUCUAAAGACAUGAAUUCUCACCACUAAAGUCCCAGAUAACAUCAUACUUACGCCUGUACUCGGGAAGCCAGCUGUCAAGUUUGUCCCCCCAGGCAUCUUCACUCAGCAGGAUAUAAAAGAAAAAAAUGUUCAAAUGAGAGAGCUUUCUUUUCUGAGGUUAAUAUAAAGAGUAUCAAAGGUUCUUAAGGAAAGGAAAGCAGUGCUUUUAGUUGACUUGUUCCAAAUUAAACACUCCGCCUUGUGACUCAGCAAUGCUAUCUACCUUCACACUCCUCAGCUCCGCCUGCCUUUGUUUUUGAUAGUCAUUAUAUUUGAUUAGCAUUCCCAGCAAUACCCCCACCUAGUUACUCAAAUAUUUUUCACUUAACUUUUUAUACUCUUAUUUUGGUAAUAAGCUUACAAUAUUAAGAAGCUGGGGACUUUUUUUUAACUGAAGCCUUGAGUCCCCUAUACCGGGAAUGCAGCUAUUAAUAGAUUCCCAUAUUUUAAAAGGAGGGAAAGGACAAUUUAAUAUCAAUUUCUGUUUGUGCAUUUCUGACAGGCCAUUAUUAUCUGCUUUCACAAAGCCUUUCUGAAACGCAGUGUACAAUGAAUCUUAAUGAUGUUAUGAAACGAGCUUUGCUCGGGGCUCUUGAUGGGAGCUUCCGGUAUGUGAUGACGGUAUGUCAUGUAUGCAUGGAUGUACUCAACUGUGUUUAAUACUCUGAAUUUUAAUUAGAAAAAAAUACAAUAGCAGCAAGGCCCUGGUUUCUAAGCUGUAUCCUUUUAUUCAUGUGGGACAUGAGCAAAUGGCAGAAUUAGGGGCGAGUGCUUUCAGUGCUCGAAACUAAGCAAGUAUAAAUUUUUCCUCUUAUUUGCAUGAAAGGACAAGACACCGUUAUGCCCUGUCCUAAACGUGAAGACAGAGGUUGAAUUUUUUUUUAAAUAUCUUUAAAAGACUGAUCACAAAAUCCAAGGUGCUACAGGAAACAAGCACACUUAAAGUUUUUUUCUGAAUAACGUUUUUUUCCAAUUUCUCCGUUUUAUGAGCCAUUUCCUAAUUUAUGGGGAUUUUAAUUGAAAAUAAACUUGAGUCCCAAUAGAGCUGUUUUUUCCUCACUUCCUACAAAAUGCAAAUGCAAAAUAAAUAACUAAGCAGCUUUUGUUUGGUUCUGAGCCGUAUGUGGCAUAUUGUUAUUAGGUUCUAGCUUCCUUUAAACUAAUAAAGAAUAAGAAAACUUGUUAUGUUUUA